CGACCCCCGUCUCGAGGCAAACAAGCAGCCCAGCCCAGACUCUCUCUCCUAUCCAGAUCCAAGCCUCGCAGGCAUAACCUCGGCAAAAGCAAUCAAUUAUCAUUGGAACAAGACGCACGCACCCCAGACCCCACUCUCCCUCUCCCUCCGUUAGCGGCACCCACCAAAACCUGGGGUUGCUGCCCCAAUCUUCUCUCCACACACGAACUGCGCCUUUCGCACGAAGUUACCGAACGCCCCGCCUCCGACCGGAAAACCACCGGAAUAUCGCACACGGAUAGGGGGAAGAGAAAGGGAUGGUGGAACAACAGCAACAACAGGAGGGUCAUGCGCGCAAACGACGCGCUAUUAAUGCGUGUGGGCUGUGUCGGGCUUCCAAGGUUCGAUGCGACGGCCAACGUCCCUGCGCACGUUGCACGCGCAAUAAUACAGUGUGUCGAUAUCUUGACAAUGGUAAAGACGCUACCACCGCACUCCGUCUCGAGAAGCUAGAAGCUGAGGUCGAAAGUCUGAGAAGGCAAGUAUCCUUGGCCAACACAGCUUUGCAGAACUUGAACGGCAAUGCCGAUAGUGGUAUAUUGAAUGCUGGUGGGAGAAGAAGAGACGCAAGUUCUGUUGCAACAUCAGGCUCGAUUGGACCGACGAUCUUAGCUAUGGACAUGGACAUCGAGAUGGCAGGACGAAGAAGUAGUGAUGUCGAGACUAUACUUGCUCCUGCACCCAGAAGAGCAAUGCAGCAACAUGUCGAGAGCGGGUACGGCAUGGAUAUGACACAAUCGACAAUUGCGUUUGCUUCCGCGCCUCCCCCGGUAGCAAGCACUCCAGCGACAGCAAGGCUACCUGCUUUGAGUUCCAGUGGCGAGUUCACUCUGCUGGCAGCAGAUGAAGGGGCUGCUUCAUUGACAGCGACAGCAGUGGACAAGGGCUUGAUUACGUGGGAGCAAGCUUCUCUUUUCUUCUCAGGGAGUCAUUUCCUCGUUCCCAUCUUCUGCGACAAAACAGAUACAAUGCAGUCUGUUGCGACUCGCAGCGCCUACCUCUUUGACAGCAUCGUAAGCAUCGGGUGUCGCGCGGAGGAAGGCUCCAAAUCCGCCACCUACCACCGUCUGGCCUUCUGUUUGCGUGAGCAUUUGACCCACGUCCUUGUCAGCACCACAGUACCUUCACUUGAGACUGUGCAAGCAAUCACUUUGAAAGCGGGAUACUCGGAUGAUGGGCUAGUAUAUAUUGCACUCGCUUUGAGAUUUGCCAUGCAGUUGGGACUGCCGGAUGCCGUUGAUCAACUAAUGGCCAAGGCAUCAAGUCGUGCGGCGGCACCGGUGGGUGAAGAGGAGAGAGAGCUGUAUCGGAUGGCAAGAAUUUGGCAUGGGAUUUGCAAUAUGGAGCUAUUCUUUUCUCUCGACGGCGGGAAGUCUCCCGGUAUCAACCUCCGCAUCUCAUCGCGCAGAGUUCGUCUACUUGUCAACCACCCGGAACGAACAGCAGUGGAUAUUCGUCUCUUGUCCCAGGUCGAACUGAACAUCAUACGCGCGAAUGCAUACACGGCUAUAACACAACAACACUCCAGCAACUCAAUUGCAACCGAUGCAAAAUUACGGUCUACGGUUCAAGGUACAGCUCUCGAGCUCACACUCUGGCUCGAAGAAUGGAGCGACAUCAUUUCAUCGGAGCCACACGGCUAUGGACGCGAAUUCGCAUUGCUGAAUCUUCGCAUCCAAUACAACUGGGCGCUAAUAACGUUACACCUAAAAGCACUUUCCAACUCUGGCAUCGAAAGCAUAGCAAUAAUGACAGACUUCCAGCGCGAUAUGGUCAGCAUAGCCAAAGAAGCAGCGGUUCGGCAUCUGCACCAUUUCCUCGAAACUCCACGUACGGAUUCGUCUUCACCGGAAAACGGUUUUGCACCGCCCUAUCUCUCCGUAUUCAAAUGGACUAUGGACUUCGUGUGGGCUAAGUGUGCAUUCACGGUCUUGCUCGUAUUGAAGUUAGCACUUCUCCUUCGGGACCCAUUACCAGAUGUUUUACUCCUGCUCCGAGACGCAUAUAGAGUACUCGAGGAACUCACGCGCGUUACCGUCAGUAACAGCGGCAACACUUCGUAUCUCAAGAUCCUUCGAACCAGUAUCGAAAAAUGCGAAAGUGCACUGCGAGAACAUAUGGUGCGGGAACAGCAAUUGAAUAUCAACGACGUGGAUCGUGAGGAUGGCCAAGCAGAAGACGACUUCCAGGGAUACGUUCCUAGUCAGUUUGUGUUUGAAUGGGAUUUUCCCGGUUUGAAUCUCAGGCACGUACCGCUUGGAUGGCAUGACCUUUUCCAUGAUCUAGAUCGUGUCUUUUGA